CCACAUUUACCGGCACCAAAGGACGUGAUGAUUUAUUCCUAUAACUUUCAUAGUUUGCUGAGGUGGUCCCCUGUUAAAGUGGAUAGAGGCUUGGUGUUAUAUACAGUCCAUUUUAAAACAGGGGCCUUUAACCAGUGGGAUGAGAUGAACUGCACUCGUAUCACCCAAACUGAAUGCAGUUUCCCCUGGUCACUUAAGGAGCGGCGCUGGACUGUUGUUUUGCGGGUGAGGGCUGAGCUAGGGCAAGUGACUUCUGACUGGGUGCAAACAGAUCCAUUUGUGGCAGAGAGAAACACUACUAUAGGGCCCCCUAAAGUGAACAGCGUGAUUGUAAGCUCUGACUCGCUUCUCGUUAGUGUCACACCCCCUUUCGGAUCCGAAGCAGGUGACUUCCUUCAGUAUCAUGUGUCCUACUGGGAGAACGCAACAAGUACUACUAAAAAAGAGACACAGAUGAGCAAUACACUGUUCAAAAUCAGAAAUCUAAAGGAAUUGACACUUUAUUGUUUUAGUAUUCAAGUAGAAUUGGUGACGUAUUCAGAUCUCCAGUUACUUGGACUGCAAAGUGACCCAGAGUGCUACAGAACAACAAUUAGUGAGGCAACCAGAGCUGGAUAUAUUAUACUAAUAUUUGUGUUGGUGUUACUUUUUGUAAAUCUGGUAGCAGUUGGUUUGUUUCUUCUGUGGAGACACCACAAAACAAUUAAAUAUUGGUCUCGGCCACCUUUAGAAAUCCCAUCACACUUUGAAGAGUAUUUGAGGGACCCCAGUAUGCCUGGCUUAGAGGUGUUGGACAACUAUGCCGAGGAUGACCCCCAUGAUUCCUUAUCUGUUGUACUUUGUGGAGAAGGAAACCAAGCCUGUGGCAGCAGUUUGGAUGGUCAAGCUCAUUCAUGCAGCGUCUCCAGUGCCAGUGACAUAACUUAA